GAGAGACUCCUGACCACUGCCACGACGAGGACGCCGCACCGCAGUCACAUGACACCGCGCGGACCUCCGGUCUUUGUUUGGAAGUGUUGAAUCCAAACACACGUGUGCGACUCGCAGGUUCAUGUGAUGAACUCGAGUUUCCUCCCUUCUGCCGUGUCCUCAGGAAGCUGGUCAGCGCCUCUGCGCUGGUUCCGCUCGUCUGAGCUGGAGCCCAGAGGAGCCGGACCUGCGCUGCUCCGAGGAGGAGGCGGAUGACGGGGCCGUGAACGCGCGGGGCCGUGCUGGCGGCUCGCGCGUUAGCCGCUGUGGACCGGACUCGCUGCGCACCACUCGAGUUUGUUGACAUGACUCGAGCGCGAGCGUGUGUCGGGUGAGCGUGAGACAGGCGCAGAGCGACAGACAGGAGCGAGCCCGUGUUGUUGUUGUUGUUGGCGAUGCUAACGGCGCUAGCGGCUAACCUGGAGCUCGGCCCUCUCCACCUCCCAGUGCGCUCUCUCCACCUCGAACCGGGCCCACUCGUGCUGGAUGUAGUGCAGGAUGCCGGGGAUGGUAUAGUGCUGCUGCUGCUGCUGCUGCGGUGGCGGCGGCUGCUGCUGCGGCGGCGGCGGCCGCGGCAGCUCGUCCGGCGGCUGCGGGGCCGUGGCCGCGCCGUUGUUCCCCGGCUGCUGAGGCUGCCGAGGGGCGACCCCUCCUCCGCCGGACAGCUCGUCCAUGUUUUCUCCUCCUCAAUGGGGAAAGUGGAAGCCAAGUCCCCGGUGUUCCGUCUCCACUCCGAGCCUGUCGCGCGGGCUCCUCGGAGCACUGCGGUGCGAGCGGCUAACAGGAGCAGGGAGAGUCGGCGCAGUGUGUGGCGCUACCCGGCCGCCAUUACUGCCGCCUGUCCGUCCGUCUGUCUGUCGCGCGCUCGCUCGCUCACCCCUCCCUCCCCCCACUCACCCUCUCACUCACCUGUCGCUCGGCAGAAGCAACUUUUCACUCUUUGCCACCAAGGCGUCUCAAAAGGACCCGAUUCCGUCAGUAAAAGCAACAUGUUUUCUCCGAAGGGAAUCGCAGAAAAGUGUCAGUCGGAUGUUGUGAACGAGUUUGUUUGCUGCCAUUCCAAUGCUCAACCCAGUCGCCCCCCCCCCCCGUGAGGCCGCAGAUUUUCACCAAUUCAUCAGCUAAACCGUGAAAGCGGUUUUUCCGAAGCUCUUGAACGCAACACGCGGUGGGAGGCGAGUGUGCGCAUGCGCGGCUCGUGCAAGCCGCUGCUGGGAGCCGUGAGUCACAGCUUCGGAUUUAUCUUCUUCUUCAUCUUCUUUUACCGAGCGUUUUAAAGCCAAGUGUCAACUGUGAUUCGCACCGACUGUAGUUGGACCUGAUCCCGGGGAGAAAGUUACGCGUGACUCUGGAGGUCAGCUGUUAGCCGUGUUAGCUCGAUGCUAACGGUUGGAGAUGCACCGUGUGGCCUGUGGGGUUGAGCCGUUGUUUUGCGAAUGCGCGUGUUUUGUCCUCAGAUCCGCAUGUCUGGAUCCGAGCUUCGCCCAGACGCGCCGGACGUCCGUGGAUGUUGACCAGGAGCAGGAAGUGGUCAGUGGCAGCGGACGCGUGAACGCGCUCGGACCCGUGUCGCGCGCGCGUGUGUGUUGCAGGUGAUGAUCAAGUUCGUCAUCAUGGUGAACCGCCAGGGCCGAGUCCGGCUCUCCCGGUUCUAUCAGCAGGUGGACCGGAAGCGGCGCGCCGCCCUGGAGGCCGACGUGGUGCGGUGCUGUCUGAGCCGCCGGCGGGACCAGUGUUCCUUCGUAGAGUACAAGGACUUCCGGCUGGUCUAUCGCCAGUACGCUGCCCUCUUCAUCGUGGUGGGCGUGUCCGGCGGCGAGAACGAACUGGCCGUCUACGAGCUGCUCCACAACUUUGUGGAAGUUCUGGACAAGUACUUCAGCCGCGUGGUGAGUGUGAAGUGGCGCCGCCAUCGGGGCCCGUGCGUCUCACGACCGCGUCUCUUCCGCAGAGCGAACUGGACGUAUCCCUCUCUGCAGCCGCCCCACUGUCGAAGCCAGUGCGUCUCUCGUUCAGCCUCCUUAACUCCUCAAGCAGAUCAUGUUCAACCUGGACCGCGUCCACGUCAUCCUGGACGAGAUGAUCCAGAACGGGAAGGUGGUGGAGACCAACAAGAUCAACGUGCUGGCGCCGCUCGCUGCUCUGGACAAGAUGGCCGCCGACGGCUCGCAGUGAGCGAAGAGGAAGCGGUGUCACUGCCCUAUUUGCUUCUUCGUCCCGUUUUGCUUCCAGGUCUCAGGCUUAUGACGUCAUUUCCUGUUCGUAUGCGCACAUUGGUAUUUCAAGACGUCAUUUCCUGAGUAUAUGCUCAUAUUAACUGCGACCUCGGAGGCAAGAUAGGAAACUGCGUGCAAAUUGCACAGAAAGAUCCAAUUAUUUCAUCUGAAAUCUUGUUGAAAUAUCUGAAUUGUUGAAUACAAGUCAAAUGUAGUGAUAUAUAUAAAAUAAGGUUAAAAUACAGUUAAUGCGUCGGCGUAGUACUUUAGUCAUUCAAAUUCUGCUUCUCUUGAUGAAAUACCAGUGUGUAGUGAGGCGCGGCCUAAUGAUGUUGCUAAUUCUAUUCUAAUUUAUGUGUCAAGCAGCUGCACCCAUGUGCGCAUGUGGACAGGAAAUUACGUCAUGAAAUACAAUGUGCGCAUACG